GCACAUAAAAUAGGUUACGUUUUGUAGACCUAACUCCUCCUAAAUUAAUUGAUUUUUUAUUUAAUUAAGAUUCCUAUGAGAAAACAUAAUAAUUAGAGAAUUUUAUAAGUCAGUUUUUAUUUAAAAUUAUUUUGCAUCUUUUCUAUAAAUUACUGCAACAUGGAAAACCAUCGACGCCAAAGUAGAAUCCGUGUCCGUAGUCUCAGGCUGUCUCUAAACAACAGUUUAUCCUUUUUUCAGGUAUAUUCAUCUCUCUUCCACAAUUCGUGGUCGGCUUAGCGGAAAACGGAGUCGAUGGCAUGUCCUACGACGCUGAAGUUUUCUGAAGCUUGUUAUACCCGUUGCCUAGAGUUGAAAGCUCGCUGCCUGAUUGGUGGAUCGGCCGGCGUCAAUGCGCAGAUGCUCAUUGCGCAAUAUUUUUAGCAGCGCCACGCACGUCCUUCGGCUCCGGUUGCCGCUGAAUCGGACCCACCAGACCCAUCGCUUUUACGCUUUUAGUUCCAAGAUCGAAGCCACCUGAUGAGGGUGGAAGUGAAAGAAAACAUUGAAGAAGUAACUCCACCAGAAUUUAGUCGCUCCUUCAGACAGAGUCGAUAAGUGAAUUUUAUUGUGAUAUUUUAGCGAUUAGUGCCAAUUAAGCUAUAAACAUGGAUGACGAUCAGCAGUUCUGCCUCAGGUGGAACAAUCACCAGUCAACACUAGUAGCAGUAUUCGACACUCUACUAGAGAAUGAGAAACUUGUUGACUGCACCCUCGCCGCCGAGGGAAAGUUCUUGCAAGCCCACAAAGUCGUUUUGUCAGCUUGCAGUCCCUAUUUCGAGUCCUUGUUGUCUCGACACUACGACAAACACCCCAUCCUCAUCUUGAAAGAUGUCAAAUUCCAAGAACUGAAGGCAAUGAUGGAUUACAUGUACAGGGGUGAGGUCAACAUAUCCCAAGAUCAAUUGGGAGCUCUUCUCAAGGCUGCGGAAUCUUUGCAAAUCAAGGGUUUGAGUGAUAAUAAGAAAGAAGAACCUGCUAAAAGAGCUGCACCAGUUGCCCCAGCUCCAAAAAGCCCUCCACCACAGUUACCAAAAGUACAAGGUCUGACCAUUGAACAAAGAAGCCGUGUCGAUGAUAGAGAGGGAUCCAUUUCGCCUACACCGCGUAAGAAGAAACGAAUGCGCCGCAAAAGCGAGGACUUGGAUAAUCACCAUGAUGCCUCCAACUCUUCUGACGCUCACAGCUUGCCUCAGAACAUUCCCGCAGCAACUUCGUUACCUGUUAACGUUAAAAUGAACUCUGACGUGCCUGAAUCCAUCGAGACCAAACAUGAAAUAAUGCUACGCCAUAAAGAUGACAAUGGCUCUCAACAAUCUCAAGUUCCUAUGAUCAAAGAAAAAUUAGAGACGCACACUGAACUAAUGCUGGAACCGAAGUCUGAAUACAAUGAUGAAAUGAACGAAGAUAGUAUUGAGGAUCUGACAUUGGAUGACGAUGAUUUGAGCAAUAUGGAACAAAUGGAUGAAGGAGCAGGACCUAGUCACGGAGGAGAAGGAUCAUCACAACAAGAUUUGGACGGCUUCUACAACAAACCUAUCGAUGUUGCUGGACUGUUGACUAAAUUAAGAGGAACUUUCCGAAGUCGAAAGUAUUCUGACCAGGCUGUAUACAUGUCUUUGGAUUCUAUUUUAAAUGGUGGCACCACUGUAUCUCGUGCUUCUCUAGAAUUUGGCAUUAAAAGAACUAGCUUUGGACACUGGCAAAUGGGUAAUCAAUCACAAGAUGAGGUAUUUUUAGCUGCACAGGAGGCAGUGGGCGCACACAGGGACUCGCAAGGUCGACGACAUUCAAUAGAAGCUGAAUCCCGUAUUAGGACAAUACUGGGAAUCAAAGUUGAAAUCAAUAAUCCAUACCAAUGUUUCAAGUGCUUCAAACAAUACAAACACAAGCACAUUUUGAAACGUCAUGUCGAGUUUGAGUGCGGAAUGGAACCCCAGUUUCAGUGCUCCAUUUGCAGUCACAGAAGCAAACGUAAACACGAUAUGACUUUGCAUAUUCGAAGUAGACAUAUGAUAACAGAAUAGGAGCCAAUUAUUUUCGUGAGGAAUUUGUCAGCAAAAUAAUUAUUAUGUUGCCAAAAUUUCCUCCACUAUUUUCACUUCUUAGACUAGCGCUUUUCAUUAUAAAGGGAUUUUUGAAAUAUAAAUUGGGUUUCAGAUGGAAAACUAUAUAAUUGUACCAUACCUUUUUCCAUGUAAAUAUUUUAGGAUAUGGGUGGAUUUUAAAUUUUAGAGAUGUAUAUUCUACUGCAUAAUUUCAACAUAAAAAUAUAUCUUUUUUUUUUUAAAUAGGAGGAUUGCUUUUAUUUUUGAAUCCUAGGUUUUUAAAGCUUAC